AGCGGUGCGCCGGAGAGAGAGGCUCUGGGCUCUGCUGAGUUUGUUUUGAAGAUGAUGGAGGAAGAGGAAUUUGAAUUCGCUGAAGAUCUGGAGGCUAUUCUGCAUCUCACCCCGGAGGUGCAGCUGGCCAUUGAGCAGGUUUUCCCCAGUCAAGAUCCACUGGACAGGGCAGACUUCAAUGCGGUGGAAUACAUCAACACUCUUUUCCCCACGGAACAGUCUUUAGCGAACAUUGAUGAUGUUGUGAACAAGUUUCGCCUGAAAAUUCGACGGCUGGAUGACAACAUCAGGACGGUGGUCAGAGGGCAGACCAAUGUGGGCCAGGACGGCAGGCAGGCUUUGGAGGAGGCCCAGAUUGCCAUCCAGCAGCUCUUUGGAAAAAUAAAGGACAUCAAGGACAAGGCAGAGAAGUCUGAACAAAUGGUCAAGGAGAUUACGAGGGACAUAAAGCAGCUGGACCAUGCAAAGCGCCACCUCACCACUUCCAUCACGACCCUCAACCAUCUGCACAUGCUGGCUGGAGGUGUCGACUCCCUCGAGGCCAUGACCAGGAAGAGACAGUACGGUGAAGUGGCGAACCUCCUGCAGGGUGUGGUCAACGUCCUCGAGCAUUUCCACAAGUACAUGGGAAUUCCCCAGAUCAGACAGCUGUCCGAGAGAGUCAAAGCGGCACAGAGUGAACUGGGGACGCAGAUCCUGGCAGACUUUGAGGAGGCCUUCCCUUCUCAGGGCUCCAAGAGACCCGGCGGACCCAGUAAUGUGCUCAGGGAUGCCUGUCUGGUGGCCAAUGUGCUCGACCCGCGCAUCAAACAGGAAAUCAUCAAAAAGUUCAUCAGGCAGCACCUCUCAGAAUAUCUGGUCCUUUUCCAAGAAAACCAAGACGUUGCCUGGCUUGACAAGAUCGACCGCCGUUAUGCUUGGAUCAAGCGGCAGCUCGUAGACUACGAAGAGAAAUACGGGCGCAUGUUUCCCGAAGAGUGGUGCAUGACGGAGCGCAUCGCCGUGGAGUUCUGCCACAUCACCAGAGUGGAGCUGGCUAAAGUGAUGCGGACGAGGGCAAAGGAGAUCGAGGUGAAAUUGCUCCUGUUUGCCAUCCAGAGGACAACAAACUUCGAGGGUUUAAUGGCCAAACGCUUCACAGGAUGCACCUUGACAGACACGCCUGGACAAAAGAGGCCAGAGAGCCCUCUGGACCCGACCAACCCCUUUCUGGAGGACGAGGCCGGAGAGGACGGCGGUCCAGAAAAGGAGGAGGACCUGACUAAGCCCCGGAAGCCCAAAGCUCCGGACAACCCUUUCCACGGCAUCGUCUCCAAGUGCUUCGAGCCUCAUCUAUACGUCUACAUAGAGUCUCAAGACAAGAACCUGGGCGAACUGAUUGACCGGUUUGUGGCGGAUUUCCGGGCACAGGGCCCACCCAAGGCGGGCACGGAGGAGGGCGGAGCCGUGCUGCCGAGCUGCGCCGACCUGUUCGUGUAUUACAAGAAGUGCAUGGUGCAGUGCUCUCAGCUGAGCACCGGGGAGCCGAUGAUCGCCCUCACCACCGUCUUCCAGAAGUUCCUCCGAGAGUACGCCUGGAAGAUCCUCUCGGGAAACCUGCCCAAAUCCAGCAGCAGCACCGGGGGUCUCACCAUCAGCAGCCUGCUGAAGGAGAAAGAGGGCUCCGAGGCGGCCAAGUUCACGGUGGACGAGCUCUGCCUCAUCUGCAGCAUCCUCAGCACGGCGGAGUACUGCCUGGCCACCACACAGCAGUUGGAAGAGAAGCUGAAAGAGAAAGUAGAUAAAGUCCUGGUGGAGAGAAUAAAUUUAACGGGGGAGAUGGAUACAUUUAGCACUGUGAUCUCAAACAGCAUCCAGCUGCUCGUCCAGGAUCUGGACGCUGCCUGUGACCCUGCUUUGACCGCUAUGAGCAAGAUGCCGUGGCAGAGUGUGGAGCAUGUCGGGGACCAGAGUCCUUAUGUGACGUCCAUUAUUAUGCACAUCAAGCAAAAUGUGCCGAUCAUCCGAGACAAUCUCGCCUCAACGCGCAAAUACUUCACUCAGUUCUGCAUCAAGUUCACCAAUUCUUUCAUUCCCAAAUUCAUCAACCACUUGUUUCGGUGUAAGCCGAUCAGCAUGGUGGGAGCCGAACAGCUUCUGCUCGAUACCCACUCCCUGAAGACGGUGCUGUUGGAUCUGCCCUCCAUCGGAUCCCAGGUGCUCCGGAAGGCGCCCGCCAGCUACACCAAGAUCGUGGUGAAAGGCAUGACGCGUGCAGAAAUGAUCCUGAAGGUGGUGAUGGCCCCGCAUGAACUGCCCGUGGUGUUUGUUGAUAACUACAUCAAGCUCCCCGACGGCAAUCCGGAGACCUUCCAGAAGAUCCUGGACAUGAAGGUCCUGAAGCGCAGCGAACAAAGCAGCAUGCUGGAGCUCUUCCGCCAGAGACUACCAACCCCCCGCCCUCCGGGUGCUGACGGAGGUCCCUCCCUGUCCUUCAGCACCCCCACCCCCGAGCAAGAGUCGUCCCGCAGUCCGCAACUGGAGAAGCUCAUCAAGAAUAGACUGUGAGCGCACCGAAACCCCACCCGAGAGUCUGGGAGACGGAGGGCGCGGCGGCGGCGGCGGCCUUCAGCCCUCCUGCAGUUCCUCAUCUCAAAGACUUCCGUUCUGCUGAGUUACUGUGCAGAUUUAGAGAAGGAGCAACAAGCUGACUGAUUUCACACUGACUGAUGAGCUGGAUGAUGAAGAAACUUCCCGUUGUCAUUACAUUAUUUGUUGAACUUCUGAAACCUUCCGUCUUCUUGUGACACUACGUAUGAGAUUUGUACAUUUUCCUGGAGACGACCCGAAUGUCGUGCUCUUAAUUCAAUUCUGGCUGCUUCCCUCCAACUUAAUCUCGCUCACGCUGAUUACAAAAGAACCCAAUCUUAAUUAAAGUCGAUGUGCUUUGAAUAUAAUAUGCACUUGAGCUCAAACUGUAGUUUUUUUUCUUUUUCAUUAGUUGUGUGAGAGGAGGUGGUGGGGGGCAUUUUGAGUGCACUGGAUAUUUAAGAUAAGUUUAUUUGGUCUGUAAAGCCUUCGACUAAAUUAUUUGAUUUUGCGUCUUAUAAAAUUAGAGUAAAAACAGUUUGAAAACUUUGGAAAAGGUUUCGAUCUGUGAAACUUGCAUAUCAUUUGCAUUGAAUAAAUGUGAACUGAAGUAUGCUCUAGUUUUAAUUUUAAUGUUAUGAUUAAUUCUCAUAGUAUAAUUUUUCUUUUUUAAGUGGGUCCGAUUUAUGAAGGUUCUUUGUUUCUCUGUCGAACUAGAUAUUGUUUUCAAAGAUCUACUGGUUCGUUGAAAUACAUCAGUACGUGUGCAGCUGAUCGCAUUGUUCUAACAUUGCAAAAUAUUCUUUAUUAAUUCAUAAUAAUUACUUUUGUUUGUCUUCGUGUGUAUGUAUUCUUCUUUUCCCCAGCAGACAUCGGUGGGUUUGGUUAAUAUUAUAAAAUUGCUUGAAAAAAUUCUUACUCUACAUCAGUUAAGCUUUGUAAAAUGAAAACGGUGCCUGUCUGUGUUAAAAGGUUGCUGGAAUCAUCCUAAUGACUGCAUCACUCUGUACAUCAAUGCCUUCUGAUGUGAAAUGUUGCCAGAGUGACAUGUUGCUCUAUUUUUGGUAGUGAAAAGCGAGAACGCGCUCUCUCUGGAUCAUCUGUUAGCUUUUGGCUGAGAUAUUUACUGAAGGAUCAGCGCUUAAUUAAUCCUUAACUGUCUCAGUUGAAAGAUGUUCAAUCAAUACCAUUAGCAUUAGCCUGUAUUCACUGUAGCAGUAAGAUUCAUCUCACCUUUGAGGGCUUCCUGGAUGCUGGUCGUGAAUCUCUGCUGAUUUUUCUUGUCAUUACUUCAUAAAUCAGUUUCUUUCUGGAUCAGCGGCGGAGCCGAGUUUUUGCGAGUCUGUGGAAAAUGAUCUGGGAGAGCUGAUCGCUGAAAUAAUGUGACUUUAAUGAUGACUGAUUAACUCGAACACCCAAAAUAAUUUGUGCUCACCGCCGUUUCAUUUCCACUUCAGCUGAACUUAAUGAGUGACUCACUGGUGCCGCAGUAAUACGACGAGGUGAACAUUAGAGAAAACACACUAACUGAGACACAUGGAGAAGUAACAGGUGUUCUUAUCUGCAGGCUUUCCCUGGGCACAGUUUCCUGACACAAUCCAAGUAUCCAGUCUUUGAGGUUAAUCGAUAUGUCCAAAUUGUGUGUGUGUGUGUGUGUGUGUAUGUGUGUUUGGUUUCCCUUGUUAUGAGAAAAAUGUAAUAAAACCGAAAUAAAAUAUUUAAGGA